AAAGUUCACAGUCAAACAUUUUUGUCCUCUUUAUUUGAGUUGCUCUUCAGAUCGUACUGUUUGGCGACAGAGGAGUGUCUCAGCUGUGAAGAUGAAGCUGCUGUUGCAUUCAGCUUUCCUCUCCCUCACAGUAAACACUUGCAUUGUGUGGAAUCAAAGGUUUGCAAGAGCAUUUUGAACAACUCGGCGUUCAGUCUGCAAUCCUCGUGGGCUCCACAACAAUGGGACUCUUAGCAUGGCCAAUCUCUCGCCCGAGUUUCACCAGGAGAAUACGGUGACCAAUGACUUGAGUACUGAAGGCGAGGAAGAAGACUAUCUUGACUUUGAAACUUUGUUCAGAGAAGAUUACGACGACGUUGACAUAAUUGAUCCAGAUAUCACCUCUGAGUUCAAACAAGGGAAUAUUCUUAAGCUUUUCCAAGGGAAAACCAGAAUCCAGCGCCUCAAUAUCCUCAAUGCAAACUUUGCCUUCAACCUUUACCGGAGUCUGAAGGACAAAAGCAACUCCUCAGAGAACAUCCUUUUGGCUCCAGUUGGAAUUUCCACAGCCAUGGCUAUGAUUUCAUUGGGACUGAAAGGUCAGACGCAGGAGGAAGUGUUGGAUUCCCUUGGCUUCACCGAGUUUGUCAAUGCCAGCUCCAAAUAUGACAUUAUGACCAUUCACAACCUCUUCCACAAACUCACUCACCGGCUCUUCAGGAGGAAUUUUGGCUACACGCUCAGGUCAGUCAAUGACCUUUAUAUUCAGAAACAAUUCCCUGUCCUCAGUGAAUUCAAAAACAGCAUGAAGAGGCACUAUUUUGCUGAGGCAUUGGCCGACUUCUCAGAUCCAACCUUCAUCUCGAAAGCCAACCAACGUAUCCUGAAGCUCACCAAGGGAUUGAUAAAGGAAGCUCUGGUGAACGUACCCCCAACCACCAUCAUGAUGGUCCUCAACUGCUUGUACUUUAAAGGAACCUGGGAAAAUAAGUUUCCCGUGGAAAUGACACGCAAACAAACAUUCCGCUUGAACGAGAAAGAGUCUGUGAAAGUUUCCAUGAUGCAGACGAAGGCCAAUUUCCUGGCGACUGUAGAUCACGAGCUAGAUUGCGGGGUGCUCCAGUUACCAUACGUGGGCAACAUCAGCAUGUUGAUUGUACUGCCGUAUAAGUCGUCGAGCAUGAGGACACUAGAGAAGCAACUGACUCCCCAGCUGGUAGAGAAGUGGCAGGAGAGCAUGACUAACAGAACGAGAGAAAUAAUGCUACCUAAAUUUAAGCUGGAGAAGAGCUAUGACUUGAUUGAGUAUCUGAAACAACUGGGAGUAAAUGAGCUGUUCACCCAUAAUGGCAACUAUUCUGGGAUAUCAGAAGAGAGAAUCAACAUUGAGAAGUUCAAUCACCAGGGGACGAUUACAGUGAAUGAAGAAGGCACCGAGGCGGCAUCAGUGACCACAGUAGCCUUCAUGCCCCUUUCAGCUCAAAUUCGCUUCAUUGUUGACCGUCCUUUUAUCUUUCUCAUCUAUGAGCACCGCACCAACUGCUUGCUUUUCAUGGGCCGAGUCGCCAACCCAAACAAGUUGUAAAAGCAGAGACGAGCUUUCAAGAUAGGUACAUCUAGGCAACCUUAAUGCGUCUUAAAUAGAACCAUUUUUAUAUGCCAAUUAAGUGUCUGUGUUAGUCGUAAGCGCUAUUGCGUGAAAAAUGCAAGGCUACCAAAUCAAAACCACAGCGAUAUAUUAUUUAAUUACAAUUUGUAAGGGAAAAUAUUGCUGCAAAGUACUAAAAACGCCCUGUUCUAUUUCAUCCAAAGCUACCUUGAGGUCAGAGGCAUUCUCUUUGCAUCUUGGAGAACAUUUUCAUGCCGCCUGAAGGGUGAAUAAAAAUUGGCUCCACUGGGAUUCAAAAAGUCAGAUUAUUAACAGCAGCAGCUUUUCGGUUACUAAAAAUUGAUGCUGUCUGUGUUCUUCCCAGUUGGCCAAAGAGAUUUUAAAAUUUAAUUAUAAAAGAACCAUUAAUGUUUGACAAGAGCAAUACAAAAUCCUCAUCAGGAAUAUUGAACUGGGUUUCAUUUAAAACUUGGUGAAACAGAAGGAUGCUACGUGAAUUCUUUGUGGGUGAGGAGAGAGAAUACGCAAAGAACUAGGGGAAAACAUGAUUCCUCAUCAGCUUGACUGAUGAAAAUGCAGAGAGUGGAAGCUGUCCAUAUACCAUCAGGAAAGUCUAACAGCGUAAAAGAGAAGAAAAAGUCUUACACUUAUGGAUGUUGAGAGCCAAGAUUGAUAGGUGGUAACCCUGAACAAAAUAUUACAAAAUUAAAUGUAGCAAUAAUGGAAGAAAAUAAUGUAAAAUAGUUGCACCCAGUUUAAUACAGCAAGCUGCCUUAAACCCAGUUGGUUCAUCUAGCCUAGAAUUACCUACUCUUAACUAGUAUUGUCUUCCCUAAGGCAACCAUGGGGAACCUGUCUGUCUGUCUUGCUGAACUACAACUCCCAUAAACCCUGGCAAUUGACCAUGCUUACAGGCUGAUGGGAGUUGUAGUUCAGCAGCUUUUGGAGGGCCAAAGGUUUCCCAUGCCUCCCCUAAGUUCUCAAACAGAGAAGGAACUGUUGCUCAAAAUGCUUUUGAAGUGGCUAUGGCAGGGAUUUAACAAGGGGCCUUCUGCAAGCCACGAACUCAGCUGCAUUAUUUGAGGAAUCCAUAUAUGGCGGACAGUAUCGUUUUGCAAGAACACAAACACUUACUUUCACUCUGUAACUACGCUACCUGUCUGAAGCAAGAACAAAUCUGCACUUUGGACAGCAUAGUUGUUGUACUGACAUUUAUGCAACCCAGAGAGGUCCUAACUAAAGUACAAGCAAUCAUGUUGCACAUGCAGAGAUUGUUCCUAUAUUAUUUUUUAAAGAGGUGCACCCUGGAGUUAUGAGAAUGCUUGAUAUAUAAAAAAAGUUUCCAUUAUCUCCGAGAGUAUCAACAUAAUUAUAAAGUUGUUUCAUAUUUAAUAAAAGGUUGUGGUGAAAUACUGAA